UGUUUCCCUGCUCGCUCUGAUUGAUUACCCGGCCUGCCGACCCCAAUCUUCGAGCUCGAAGCAAGCGAAUCCUGCCCGAGGCGACCGAACGUUGCCACGGCUCGGAGCCCUGGGGCUGUGAAUCUCGUAUCGGCCCGGGAUAUUGCUCACGGCUGCGUUGACCGCAUCCCUUCAUGUCAGAUGCCAACCCCACGAUGGCUUCUCCAGCUGCAGCCCCCCGACCCGCCACACCCGUGGCCUUGAACCAGCCGACGUCUGACGCAGCUCAAGCGCCCGGGAAUCCCGCUGCCAAUCAUGACAGCCGACAGAACCCGGCGCCGCCGGCGGCCGCCGUUUCCGGAAAGAAGGGGAAGCAGAAGAAGGCGCCAGAGCCGACCGAAGCGUCCAAGUUAAUAGCGCAACGGAUCUCGCAGCUGGAGUUGGAUGCAGCCGGGGAGAAGGACCAGGAGGCUGAAAUUGAGCGGGAAGUCAGGAAGGCAAACCGGGAGCUGCAUUCGCAGACGUCCAAAAUGAGCGAUAUUCAAAAGAUCGAACACCUCACGAAACGAUGUUCCGAUCUAUUGUCCGAGAUGAAGCGGCAUGAGCGCGAAAGCAUCAAGAACAAGAAACGGGGGGAUCAACUGCAAAAGGACAAGGACAACAGCAGGAAUGAGCUCAACAAGACGGUCUCUCUUAAGGAGAAGUUGGAGAAGCUCUGCCGGGAGCUGCAGAAGGAAAACAACAAGUUGAAGAACGAAAACAAGACCCUUUCCGAUACGCAGGUUAGAAGCCAAAAUACCUGGGACGAGAGAUACUCGGGUCUUCUUCGGAGAAUGGACGACUACCAGGAGGAAAAGGACAAUCCUCGGAAACAGGUGGUCGACAUGAAGGUGGAGGAAUUGUUCCGCCAGCGGUUCAAAUCCUUCAUCGACCAGUACGAGUUGCGGGAGCUGCACUUUCACUCACAGAUGCGGACCAAGGAACUCGAGGUGCAGUACAACCUGGCGCGGUACGAGCGUGAGAAGAAAAACUACGAAGCGGAAACCGCGCGCUCGAGGCAACUCAAUGCGCAGGUGCAGACCUUUUCCAAGACGGAGACGGAAUUGAGGCAACAACUCAACGUCUACGUAGACAAGUUCAAACAGGUCGAGGACACGCUAAAUAACAGCAACGACCUGUUCAUGACUUUUCGGAAGGAGAUGGAGGACAUGUCAAAGAAGACGAAGCGCCUGGAACGAGAGAACGAGAACCUUAAGCGAAAGCACGACCAGGUGAACGGGAACAUCCUCAAAAUGGCAGAGGAGAGGAACAAAAACUUGGCCGAAAUCGACGAGCUGAAGAAGAAGCUGGAGAAGCUCAACGGCAUCAUCAAGCAAAUGCAGCAGCAGGGCCGGGGUAUCCCGCAGGGACUGACGGGCCAAGUUGAGAGCGGGUACACGGAGGGAGACCUGGACGGGGACGAGAGCGAGUACGAGGACGAUGAGUACGACGAAGGCGAGGAUGAGGAGGGUAGUGAAGAUGGCGAUGAGUACGACGACGAGACCGAGGACGAGCUCCACCACCCGCAGCAGCCUCAGCCACGUGGACGCGCAUGGUACUCGCCCAGGCCCGUGACGCUACUAUCCGCCGGGUCGACAACGCUCUGUUGAAAGGAUUGGGUAUCCCCGCUACAUAGCGUGAUUCAGUACAAUGUACACCCUGCAUCUCCCUCGUUCUCUGGCGUACGGUUCUUGACCUUUGUUGUUGGGCUGA